UGGCUCUAGGUGGUCCUCAGCCGCCUCCGCUCCUCCUCGCCCUAUACCCCUCAUUCUCUCGGCCGCCCCUGCGCUCCCUUUCUCGGCAGCCAUGGCGUACGGGCCCUUGUGUCAGUGCGCCUUCAUGUCCUACGGACCCCGGAUCCAGCUGAAGGCGCCGCCCAUCUCGGCGAAUCGGCAGUUGUACGACAAGCCGCCGCCGUUCACGGCCCCAAACGGCUGCGAGGCUCCGCCACCAGGCUCCUUCACGAUGUACGCGUUUGAGGUCGAGGAGGCGAAGAAGGACCCGCUGUCAGCGUCGCGCUCGCUGCCGCUGGAGGAGCCGUGCUACGUCUUCGGGUCCUCGCAGGUGUUCGACGGGCAGGUCCACGACGGGCACAAGAGCGUGAACGAGCAGCACGCGUGCCUGUACUUCACGAAGGGCAAGUGGUUCGUGAAGAGCAUCAACGGCCAGGUGCACCUGGAGAGUAUGACGCUGCACCCAUACAUGCGGGACUCAGACGGGAAGGCCGUGAAGCGCUACACGUCCACCAGCAACAAGAAGCUCGAGACCAUCACUCCCAUAGACUCCAAGCGGCGGCUGUCGAGGGAGAUGUGCGUCUUCCGGCUGGGCGACUCGGGCCGGCGCUUCUGGGUGUCUGGCGCCCUCCCCCUCAAGGAGGGCGAAAUGGAGGAGGACGCGGGCGGCGCCGGGGGGCGCAAGAAGGACAAGGGCGAGAAGGACCGGGACAAGGAGCGCCGCGAGGAUCGUGGGCGCGACCGCGAGGAUGCCCCUCGCAGAGGGGACCGCGAGAGGAACCGCAGCCGCAGCCGGAGGCGGCGGUGAGCGCUGCGCCUCGGCGAGCCAGGCAGCCCAACAUAUGCGCUCCCGUGGGGCGUGUCGGCGCCUGAGGUCCCAGGCGUUUAUCGCGGACGAGCCCCUGAACUUUCCGAUUGCGCUAUGACGCUUGCGCUGGUGCGUGGGGCGCGGUUUCGCCGGCCUUGGCGGCGGCGGCAUGGACUCUGAGUAAUGUUGUGACGGCGCAUGUGUUUUUCUCUGCAGCUGCUGCUUUCCUUCCCAUCCGCGUCCCCACCUCCGUCCGCGCUGUCGCUCCCUCUCGAUCUUCUUCAUCCUCGUUCCUACAACCCCUUCCUCUCUUCCCCUUGAUCGCCCGAGGAGCGUUCCGCCUCCCACAGCUCGAGUCCCCCGGGACGGCGCUGGUGGACGAGCAGCUUGCGAGUUAUCAAGUUUACGAUGCUUUGGAUGUGAGCUCCCAGCUGCCAUAUCGAGUGC